AUGCUCUCCAGACUCUUCAGCUGGUUGACCGGCCAGCAAAUCGAGCCAACCAUCCGCCAAACCAACCUCCGUGUCCUCCGGAUCCCAGGCGACGGCUCCCCACCGCACCUCGUCCAGCUCAACACCAUCGAGUCUGACGACAACAUCGACUGCUGCCAGCGCCACAUCCCGGACUUCCGGCCCUACUGGGGUGACGGAGAAGGGUUCCAAUGGCGUGACAUUAUAGGGAUGGAGGUUCGAGACCAACAAGCGGCGCCAGAACUUAACGGGGUCUACUUCGGGUGGAAGAGCUUCGCUUUGCAUCUUAUGCCGUUGAGUAAGCAUACGGGGUUCUGUGGAGAUGCGUUUUUCGCCAAGUCGCCGCUUUGGGAACAUGAUGACAAUGGGGCGGUGUAUGAGGAUGUACCCGUGGCAUUUCUUGGGUCAUCGCUGUUGGAGACAGCGCUGGAGAAGUUGCAUGACAGGUGA